UCAUGGUAGUGCCACAGCAAUGCCCACUGGACGGCUUCGGCACCGUAGGCGCUCAAAUGAGGUUACUCCUGAGGUUGGCAAAGAAAAUGGAAGCCAUUUACUUCUUAAUGAUCAAAACAAAUACAGAUCAAUGUUGACUCGCACAUAUUCAUCUAUUUGGAUGAUUGGGGGCUUUAUAUUCAUAAUCUACAUGGGCCAUCUCUAUAUUUGGGCCAUGGUCGUGGUUAUCCAAAUUUUUAUGAUAAAAGAGUUGUUCAAUCUACUCAGGAAAGGACACGAAGAAAGGGACCUCCCAGGAUUUAGGUUGUUGAAUUGGCAUUUUUUCUUCACUGCUAUGCUGUUUGUAUAUGGCCGCAUUCUCAACCAACGGCUUGCCAACACUAUUACUUCUGAGAAAUUCUUCUAUCAUCUUGUGAGCGGCUUUAUCAAGUAUUACAUGGUUACCUGCUAUUUCUUGUAUGUUGCAGUGGUGUUGAAUCAGGGUGUGCCUGGCGCAAGCUGAAUGUGCAGCGUGUCUUGGAUGAAUCGACUAAAAACCAUGUUAAAAUGCGGUCAAAGGAAGCUAAAAAGAAGCUAAGACCACGAAAGUCAGAAAUUUUUUGGAGGGAUGCAAAAUAUGGUCCAAGAAUUAAAGAACUUAGUUUUUUA